CCCCUUUUUCGCUUUCCCGGCGAAGCUUGUCAAUUGCCCCCUGGAGGAAGUCCUAAGCGAUUUCCCAGCGGAGCACUGUGGCCCCACAGGAGGGAGCGAAGUUUCCCGCGUGCGCAAAUUGACGCAGUUGCGGCGGGUGUCCGCCAAGGGGCCCCCUCGUUCGUUGCUUCUGCGCUUUGCAUGCCUUUUGCAUGCCCAUUUGUUGUUACCCCUUUUUUGUGCCCCCCAGAAGAUGAAUGAGAGACAUGACCGGACGUAGCACCCGCAUCCAGCACAAGCAGCGCGAGGAAGAGGAGGCGGCGCCCAGGGAGGCGAAUACCUACUGGCAGGAGGUAAAUCUAAGUCCCAAAUUUUCUAUCAGCGAGUUGGACCCAUGGGGGGAGGAAGAAGGAUGGUCAGUGGAAGGAUGGCCAGUGGAAGGAUGGCCAGUGGAAGGAUGGCCAGUGGAAGGUUUACCAGUGGAAGGUGGGCACACUGAUGGGGAAGGGACUUUGAACUGGGAUGCGACAAACAUGGCAGUGGUGAGCGAGGCGAAGUCGCUUAGCCUAAGGGGGGGGAAGAGAAACCCAGUGAAGAAGACGGAGGCCCCCUUUGGAAAAGCCGAAAGGGAAAGAAAGAAGACGUGCGAGAGUAGGAAGAAAAACGGGCUUGCCACGUCGAAGGGUACACGUAUAGUAGGCAUUUGCCUAGACCCUCGCCUGGACCCUCGCCUGGACCCCCCUCUUGGCGCCCAACACAGGGUGAAGAAGAAAGACGAAGUUGCAAACAGCUCAGCGAAAUCCCCCAGCGAGAAAAAACCCACCGCGCUGGGAACACUUAACUGGAAAGGACCCCUCCUGAGCGAAUUAAAAAGUGCUUGCAAAAUGGGCACCACGAAAGGGUGCCGAAAUAGGAUGAAGCAGCAGACAAAGAUAAACGUUAACGACUGCGUUAGGUAUACACAAAAUUGCAAAUCGUCCUUCGGGAGAAGAAGGACCAGCAGAGUGGGAACUCCUCUGCCCUUCCAUUGUGCUCCUCUAAGCGGUGAGACAAAAUGGAAGAAGCGCGAACAGGGGUCUCUCUCCAGAAGUGUAAGCAGGAGGACUCCCACGGGGAGAGUCAGAAGCAUCCCCAAGGGAAAGCCCCCAAGUGGGGGAAGCGUAAGAAGUGGGAAAAGCGCUACGAACAAGCGGGUAGAGCCCACCAAAAUUAAACACGUGGUGAGAAAGCCACCGAGGAGGCUGAACGGCGUGACGGCGAAGGGUGAGCAGAAGGGAGAAGUUUCCCAAAGGAGGGGGAGUGCCAGUCUCAGAAGAAACAUUACGGGGAGUGGGAAGAUGCUCUUAAAAAAGAGAAGCUGCAGGAAGAGCGGCAUGGGGGGGGACGGCUCCCCCAGAAGGGAGAAAGAAAACGUUAAAGAAAGAGGGAGGAAAGACGCCAUGCAAAGCGGUAGGGAAGGCGCCAAAGGGGAACAGCACUCGAGCGCCACCGUGAGAAGCCGUAUAGAGGACAAGCGGCAGGAACUUCUCCGCAGCUUUAGGCGAAGACUCUCGGGGGGGAUCACCACAGGGGGGGGGUGCUCUCCCAGAAGGUUGGAGCGCGAGAUGAGCUGCGGAGUUACGAACACGCACGUCUACACUUAUGUGGGUAGCCCAUCAGGGGAGCACUCCAGGGACGCACCUGAAGGUGUGCAAGAAGGUGAGAAGAGGGACGACUCGUCGUUUCACCCACCCCCAUCAAGCAACACCUGCGAAGUGAGCGCACCAUGUGGAGAUCACCUUACGCACUUCGCCCAGGGAGCAGAAAGGAACGAUUUCAAGACCAACACGCAGAGCAGUGAUGAUGUAAUGAUGGGGAGGGUCUCCUCUUCAUCUGGUAGUUCCAUUGAGGAGAGCAAGUCCUCCCCUUGGGUCACCUCUCUGCCAAAUGAACCCGUUGUAAGUGGAAAGAGAAGGGCACACAGCUUGAGUGAGAAAGAGGAGAGUAGAGCCUUGAACCCCCUCAUACUUACGAACGAUUUGCGCAUAAAAAUAUGCUACAGUAAUAACUACGUAGAUUUAAGGGGGUUGGGAGGGCUUCCCCUCCAUGAGAGGGUUGCUCCUGAAGAAGCGGAAGAUCAUGUGGGUACAGAAGUGGCAAAAGAGUCCUCUAAACGGGGGACACGCCAGGUGCCAAAACAUAUGGAAGAAGAGGAACCACACGUUAAUUACUCUCCAGUGUCCCACCACAGUGAUGAUCACCUCCUAAACAUGAGUGACGAUCUGUUCCUCAUCUCGCAAGACUCGGAAAAGAUGAAACUAAAUGGCUACAUGGAGAGGAUAAAUUCGAAGGAGACUUUUGAAGGAGAGCAAGGAUGCACCUUCAACAGCUGGGAGGGACAGCCGAUAGAGCGCCACACAUAUGUGGAAGGUAACCUGCCAGGCACUUCUCCCCAUUUGGUAAAUGCAGACCAGGGGAAGGAAACGCACCCGCGAAAAGGGGUGGAGACAGGUGCUCAUCCUGCAAGUGACCCGGUUGCGGAUGGGGAAGGCACACCUGGGGUGGAAGCCAAUCACUACGUCGAUGGCGAACGUGCAAAUGAGCAACCCACCGGGUGGUGCACCCCCCAGUUGGGGCAACACAAAGUGGGGAGCAUCUCACGGAGAAGUAGGGCGGCCAUCUCUAAAGGGAAUAACCUCACCAUGGGAGGUGAAAAACUCAAAAGGGAGAGAGACCAUCUUAGCAGUGACAUUAAAAUAAAAAACCACUCCUUGUGGGGUAGCGCUGAUGAGGGGGAGAGACAAAUGGGCAGGAAGCCAAAUGACGCUCAUGUAGGUGACCAUGUGGAAAGUUUAAGAGAUCCCUUUUUAAACCACGAGGAGGGGAGCCUUUAUACACCCCCCUUCAACGUUGACAGUGGGAGCAACUCCACUUCAGCAUCCCUUUGGGAGUGCCCUCGUAGAAAGUUCUUUCAAAGGGAAGACCUUAAUUGUUUGGUGAUCAAGGAGAGGCACUUGAACGGUGGGAUGCAGGGGGUGGGAAAUCUCAGCGAGGUGUCUGUAGUACCCCCUGUUGAUCCGAAAGAGAGGAUUAACAAUACGUGCCAUAGAAACAGCAGCGGUGGAAGAACCCGAAAUGGAGUCCCACUCGAGUUGGUAGGAAUCUCUCAAAUGGAGGGAACAUCAGUGAAAUUAAAAGAAAGCCUCCAAGUGAAUCACCCUUGUGGAGUGUCUACAGAUGGAGAGGAAACUCGCCAUUGCUACCUCCAUGGCGAGCAGAGGGACCCCCACGGUGUUGAACAGAACCCCCAAAUUGGGAACAACUUCCCAUUUGAAGCGCAGCGGAGACGCAAAACUAUGGGGAGGAAAAGCAGUGGUGGUCCCAUCAGCUACGCAGGGGUGAAGCAGCUCGCUCCAAAGAGGAUCGGCACAAAGUGGACCGGCGAAGAAUGUACAGGCAGUGGGGGGGAGGAUCCCCCAGCGGUGAAGGAGGAGAGGAGGAAAAAAAAAAAAAAAAAACCCAAAGAGGGAGAAGCAAAGGGGAAGGGGAAGGAGAAGGAGAAGGAGAAGGAAAAGGCAAAACCCAAAGCAAAGUCAAAAAUAAAGGUGGUAAAAAAGAAAGCCAUUCCUGGACAGACAAAACGCAACCGAUCAGCGAAGCCGCCCCAACAUUGCGAGCAAAUCGUUUCCACAAAAAAUCAGGGGGAGAAUAGCACACACCGUUUUGACGACUCCACAGGACAAACGAACGGCGCGAACAGAAAGGUGACCCCCCAUGUGGGUACUCACACCGAAGAGGCAGCACACCCGCGUGAAAGAGAAAGAGAAAAGGAAAAAGCGGGGGGAAGAGGAGGCGCACCGAGAGGGAGUGGCCCCCCACCAAAGAGCUCCCCCUCAGUGAAUCACCACGGUGAAUUAACUUCGAUUGAGAAAGACAAGAAAAAAAAAGUGAAGAGAAGUAGCUGUCAAGUGCACCAUAGCAAGGGGAACAUGAAAGAUGAGGAAGUAAAAAAAAAAGUCCCUUCAUAUGCUCUGUUGCAAAUGCUCAUUAGGAAGAAAACCAAAAAGGGACCUACAGACACAGACACCCAUAGGGGGAGAAAGAAUGUCAACAGGUUAACGUGCAGUCCGCACGAGGGAGACGUGGUGGGGAGAGUGAAACAGCAAUGGGUGCCUUCUCCGGAGAGGAGGAAUGCCGAUUUGAAGGUCCGAAGCGGUUGCAGUGUUUCACUUUGUGGGGCCGCGCCGGGGGGAAGAACCAAGAAGAAAGGGGGCACCCAGAAAAAAGGCGCUAAAGGGGGUAGAGGUGUUAGCAGUGGGAAAAGAGGUGGACUGCAGAAGGGGGGGAAAGAAAGGGGGGCCAGGGUGAAGGGGGAGGUCCUUCCUGAAACGCAAGCCUGCUUUGAAGGUUUGGCUGAGGGGGGCGACUGCGGGGAAGGCGCCCCCACGGAGAAGCCAGUCAGGGAUGCCAAGGAGGUUAAGGAGGUUAAGAAGGCAAAGGUUAAGAACGGGGAAACCAACAGCGCCAAGAGGGCCACGCCAAACAGUCAAACGGGGAUGGUCUCUCCCAGAGAGUGCCACCAAGAGGGAGGAACUCCCAAAAUGGGUUCAACACCUGCAGGAAAAGACCCCCCAAGAGAAGUAGACCCAAAGAUGGGCACAAAAAGGGGGAGAAAAAAAGGAGAGAAAAGAGAGUGGUCUGAUGAACCGCUAAAAGAUGGAAGAGAAGGAACAGUCAUCUCGGUGCCCCCCCCUCGAGGUGCACUCCUUAUGGAAGUUAGGCAAAGAAGCAACGUUCAUGAUAGCAACCUCUUUUUAGGGCAAAGCUUCCAAGAGGUAUCUCCGCUGGAGGGGCUUAUUCAGGAGAGAUAUCAUUUCCAGGGGAAAGAGGAGAGAAGCAUAAGGCAAUGUGCGGAGUGGGGGGAAGGGACAGACGAACCGAGCGAGAGAAGUAGCACAAGGAUUGAACGCGAAAGGGGUGACCAAGUGAAAUGGGCGGAGGAGCGAUCGGAAGAGGACUCGCUCGCUGCAGACGAUGUGGAGAAGUUUCACCAGACGUAUUGUGCAGACAAAUUGGAGUUCCCCCUAGGGGGGUUAAGCAGCGGUAGCCGCGGCAGCCGCGGUAGCGGUGAGGAAGGAAGAAGCCCACGUGAGGGAGGCGACCCCGCCUGCGGACAGUUUUCCUUUUCACUUAACUUGGAGCAGUACGUGGAAAACCACCGGAUAAAUCGGGUCAGCUUGAAAAGGAGCCUCUUUGGCGGCAGCCCGGAGGGGGACCCCCCUGGGAAUCAUCGCUACAGUGCAACCGCAAAUGGAAGUGAUCACAUGGGGGGGGUCCUUGAGGAAGGACUAGAGAUACGAACGAUUGGGCAGAGUGAAGAUAACGCCCCCCCUCAGAGGAGAAGUCAAAUUACGUGGAGCAAAGACGAAACGGACGGCAGAAAUGGUAAGUUGCUUUUUUUUAAAUGUAACGAAAGGGAGGUGAUGAACGUCAGGGAAGGAGAAAGGGUCACCAAUGAUGUGAAGGAGGACGUACCUCACUUGGAUAGGAGGAGAGACGCACACCCAGAUGACGAAGAAGGAAAGGCUUGUUGUGGUUCCCCAGUUGGCAAGGCCCCCAGAGAUCACGACCGCUCACCCUUACGAGUGACUGAAGGGGGGGUGGAACUUAAGCCUAUUUUGGAUGACCUCUUCCUAAGCAGAAUUAAAGAAAAAAAAAAAAAAAAAAACUACCUCUUCAGAGCAGUCUCCAUGAAUGACAUUCAUGGGAGCCUCUUUCCGCAGAGGAGAGGAUGUGCUAACUUUGGUGAGGAGGGAGACAGUUGCAAAAAGAAACUUAACAUGUGUGAUGGUAGUCCCUCUCCCCACUUGAUUAGAAACCAUGCCAAGUGCAUUCCACGCCUGUUGAGCAGGACCAACAGUUUGCUUUUUCGACGGGGAAGAAGUGACUGCGGUGGGGGGAUACUCACUCAGGGGGGUGCCACCCCCAGUGGAGGCAGAAAAGUGAUCACCAAAAUGGCACAUCAUCCGGGUGCACUAGAUGAAGGAGGCUUAUUAAAAAAAAAAGAAACGCCAAGUGGUUCCUCUCGACCAUCAGGAGUGCUCCCUAAGAGGGACGUAGCGCUGCGGCCAAGCAGAGUUAACAUUUUCAGGAGGUCCAAAAGUUGUUCCAUGGUUAAGGGGCGGAAUGCCUUCGAAGGAGCCUGCGCGUGGGAGAAGGCAAAGGGGAAGGCAAAGGGGAAGGCAGACGGGAAGGCAGACGGGAAGGCAGACGGGAAGGCAGACGGGAAGGCAAACGGGAAGGCGCUUUGCACAACCACCAUGCUGGUUGGCAGAACGCUAACCUGUGGGAAGCCCCUUGGGGAGAGCCACUCCACUCGUAAGAGCCUCUUGAAAAGCGUGCAGACCCAGACGAGCGGCUGCUUGUGGAGCCCCUGUCUUCUGUUUGAGAGCAGCGUUAAGGAGUGA